AUGAGUGGCGAUUGCGGCGGGACCAACACUCGGCUGACGCUCUUCAAGGUGCCGGCCUCGCACAAGCUCGAGAUGGGAAAGCCGCCCCCCGGCGAGGUGAUAUUCAGCAAGAAGUACCUCAACUCGUCGCACCUCAACUUCACCGACGUCUGCAAAGUUUUCCUGAAGGAGGCGGGCGACACGGUGCCCGCGACGUGCUGCCUCGCGUGCGCGGGCGCCAUCAGUGACAACAAGGUGACCUUCACAAACGUGAAGGACGGCUGGACGAUCGAUGGCGCCCUCCUCGAGAAGGAGCUCGGCAUCGGCCGGGUGAAGCUCAUAAACGACUUUGAGGCGCAGGGCUAUGGCCUGCUCACGCUGAGCCAGGACGAAAAGGUCAACCUCAACGGCGGAGUGCCAAAGCCGGGCGCUCCGAUCGCGUGCCUCGGCGCGGGCACGGGGCUGGGCGAGUGCUACCUCACCGCCGACGCGAGCGGCCGGUACACUUGCUUCCCCUCGGAGGGCGGGCACGCCGAGUACGCGCCGAUCGACGACCUGACCCACGACUUGCGCGACUGGAUGAUGAACAAGUUCCUCUUCACCGGCGACAACAAGGGCCGCCACAAGGAGGACGGCGCCUCGGCCAGAGCUGCCUUUGUCGACUUCCGCAACGAGUUUGUCGACCUCGAGUUUUCAGAGGCGCCAUGGCACAUGCAGGGCGCCAUCGUCGCGCGCGGCGCAAAGUCGGGCGACAUCAUCUGCCGCAAGGCGAGAGCGGUCAAGAUCUUCACGGAGAGCUAUGGCAGCGAGGCGGGCGUCGCGGCGCUCAAGUGGAUGCCCAAGGGCGGCCUGUACAUCUCUGGAGGCAUCGCGGCGAAGAACCCGGAGUGGAUCAAGUCGGAGGCCUUCUACGACGCGUACAAGAACAAGGGCCGCCUCUCGCCGAUGGUCGAGUCGGUGCCGCUCUACCUCGUCCUGACGGAGGACACGGGCGAACGCGGCGCCCUCUUCGUGGCCGUCGGCAUGGUGGCCUAGUGUGGGGCAUAUUGAGCACGCGCGUGCUGGCAUCAGGCUGCGCAGCGGUCGAGGAGAGAGCUGCGAGAGCCGAGAGGAGAGAAUGGUCACGCUAUACCCGACCGACUCGUUCUAGAGUGUAUA